CUGCUCCCGCUGCCAUCGCGACACCAAGAAGAAAGCAGAGACGAACUCGCCGAGGCUCGCCGCAAACCUCCCAGCUCCACGUCUCCCACGUCCCAGAGCCGGAGCCUCCUCGACCCAACACGUGUCCCGAACCAAAACCGUCCGUCCGGUGGCUGGAUCCUUGCACCCUUCCUUCAUCCCUUCUCUAUUCAUCGGGUUAGGGUUCCACGGAAGCAAAGAAGAAACCCGUGCUCGGGUUAUAUCUCUCUCUACAUUUCGUCACUGCUGAAUCUUUCCUUCGUUUGAUCUUUCGGGAUUUUGGAGGCAAUUUUUUCUAUUUCGAAGAAAGAUCAGCGCAAAAGUUUGGAUUUUUUUUUUUUGCUGUUUUUUCCAUUGUUUUUUCGUUUCAUUCAAGCUGUCCCUGUCCUGGUACGAGAAUAAUGGUGGUGGUUGAGGUAGGCAGCGCCACUGACUCCGUGGAGAGGAUCCCGAAGGAGGCGCGGAGGAUUCUUGACAACUUGGCGACGGGAUGGAGCGACGUGGCCGACUCCAAGGAUUUGGAGGUGGUGCAUCUCAAGGGGGCGAUGACCAACGAGGUCUACCAGAUCAACUGGCCCACAGAGAGGAAGGACGGUGUCUCUCGAAAGGUUUUGGUCCGGAUCUACGGCGAGGGGGUCGAUGUCUUCUUCGACCGAGAGAACGAGGUCCGGACGUUCGAGUGCAUGUCGAGGCAUGGACAGGGGCCGCGGCUUCUUGGGCGCUUUCCGAAUGGCCGGAUCGAGGAAUUCAUCAACGCCAGGACACUCUCUGCAGGUGAUCUGCGGGACCGAGAAAUAUCAGCUCUUAUAGCAUCAAAAUUAAGGGAGUUUCAUGACCUUGACAUGCCUGGUCCAAGGAAUGUAUUCUUAUGGGAAAGAUUGAGAAAUUGGCUUAAAACAGCUCAAGAUUUGUGUUCUGCUGAAGAAGCUAAAGAAUUCCUCUUGGAUACCCUAGAGGAGGAGAUAACUAUUUUAGAAAAUUUAUUGUCUGGGAAAGAUCAGAGAAUGGGAUUCUGUCAUAAUGAUCUCCAGUAUGGGAAUAUCAUGAUUGAUGAGGAGACCCGACAAGUAACUAUAAUAGACUACGAGUAUGCAAGUUUCAACCCCAUUGCAUACGAUCUUGCCAAUCACUUUUGUGAGAUGGCUGCUGAUUACCAUACAGAGACCCCUCACAUUUUGGAUUUCAAUAAAUACCCAGAUCAUGACGAACGCAAGAGAUUUGUGCAGACAUAUCUGAUUUCGUCAGGUGAAACACCCAAUCAGGUGGAAGUUGACAAUUUACUGCAACUUAUUGAGAAAUAUGCUCUUGCAAGUCAUCUUGUUUGGGGCCUGUGGGGGAUAAUAUCAGAACAUGUGAAUGAUAUUGAAUUCGAUUAUAUGGAGUAUGCGAAGCAGAGGUUUCAGCAGUACUGGUUGAGGAAGCCUGCUGCACUGGGAACUAGUUGAAUUGAUUGUUUUCUGCGCCUUAUAUUGAAUGUUAGAGCCCGCUGUAUAUAUAUUGACAUGGGUUCUUCAACACUGAAAUUAGAUAAUAAAUGUGAUUGUUGUAAAAUAAUGCAGCUAUUUUUAAUAAACUGAAGGCUGUCCUGGUGUUUUUUUUUGGGUUACUUUUAAUAUGAGAAAAUCUCAUGUUGGUUGUUAUCAUUCAUGUAAUAAAAGAAAUAUGCUUUAAUAAAUGCAAGUUGUAAUCUUCU